GGGUCCUGACAUUAUGUCCCACGAUCGUUCAAACCUUUAGCGACUACAGGAAAAACUGUACACCAUUUUGUAUAUUUUUCCUCGUGUAGAACUGUCAGUAACGCGUCUAUUCUCAUCUGCUGAUGAUGACAAACAUGUAUUAGAGCUGCUAAGCCGUGAAAAGCUCACACCCAGAUUAGAAGAGGGGGAAGAUUCACACGUCUGUACGUCUACACUCGUCCUCCUUCUGCUCGAACAUGAAGACUCUGCUCGUUCUGCUGCUGCUGCUGCUGAGUGCCGUGUCACACACUGUGUUCUCUUGUGCGGUGUGUAAAGGCGAGGCACUGAAGUGUUACACCUGUGUUGCACAUAAUCAGGAGGAGUGUAACCGACAAGGCUUGAGUGUGUGUCCUGCUAGCUCAGAUGCCUGCGCCACCAUCACAGGGGCCAACUCAGUGAUGAAGUCCUGCUCCUUUAAAUCGUUUUGUGAUAAAUCACACAUGAGUAAUGGAGGAAUGAAGCUGGAGUGCUGCUUCGGUGAUGAGUGUAACGGGCCGCACCGUGCUCACAGUCACGGAGAACAUGCUAAUGGUGCUGUGGCUCUGAGCUCCAGCCUGAACCUGCUCCUGGGAAUGCUGAUGAUCCGAGCUGCUGUCAGUGUCAUGUAAAAUCCUAUAAACACUGGAAUAAACACUAGAGGAUAUGUUAUUUAGUAGUGUAGCAUGAGCUUUUGGAAUGGAAUAACAAUGUUGACUGUGUGCAGUGAGUGCACAUUAACAGUAAAAGGUUUUGGAUGCAGCUUCUUUUAAUUUUUAAGACUUUAAGACUUGUACACUCGUCAUUAACUUCAACAACAGAAUAAGAGUCUUUUCUUACAUCAUUCCCAAAUAAGCCCACACUUAAAUAUAACCUAUUUAAUUUGAAGGAUUUUUCAAUACAUUAUAAUUAUAUAUAAUAACAUUUACAAAAGUUUUUUCGAAAAAUGAGAAAUUACAGUAAAUCUGCUGCUUCUAAAAUUUUGAACUGUGUACGCUGAUUUGAGUGUGUAUUAAUGGAAAUCAUUUGUUUUAUUUAGAUUUAUAUUAUUUGUUAGCUAUAUUAGCUCAGACAUCAGGUAUCAACCUUCAUAUUCCGUGUUCUACACAUUUUAGUGUGCUCUAACGCUCCUGGUUCAACUCUUAGGUCAAGUAAUAGGUGUUUGUGUGUGUUUGUGUGUGUGUGUGUGUGUGUGUGUGUGUGUGUGUGUGUGUGUGUGUUGGAGAAUGAAAACACUAAACUGUGCAGAACAUGUGCUGGAUUAAGAUCUAACAAGGCUGAAAGUACCGGAAAUGAAUUUGCAUAGUUCUUUCUAGAGCUUUCGCCAAGUUUAAAGCCACCAAAAGUUUAUUUCUGUUAUGUUCAUGGUUUGUACUGUAUACUGUACAGACUCAAUAGAAGGGAUAAUAAACCUGAUGGCUAAAUAAAGUUAUAA